GUGGCGCUGCCGCAGCGCGGCCAACUCGGCCUCUAGCGCACGGUUUUGCGUCUCCAGCUGGUGCACCUUCUCGAUGAACACCGCGAAGCGGUCGUUGAGGCCCUGCAGCUGCUCCUUCUCAUUGGUGCGGAUGAUCUUGUACUCGUUGGUGCGCGCCGCCGCUUGGCUCAGGUCUAGCCCGUCGGACACGGGCAGCCGGCGGUAGGCCAGGCCCAGGCCAAGCGACGAGGCCGAGGAGCAGGCGGCCGUGGAGGCCACAUUGCAGCGGGACAGCGACUGAGAACGGUAGCUGCCCGCGCCGCCGGGCCCGGAGAGGCGCGCGGAUAGGCGGGAGCCGUCCCCGAACACCUUACGGUAGGAGGAGGCGGAGCACAGGUAGUGCUCUGAGCCGAAGCUCAUGGUGCCGGGAUCAAGGCCGGGCGCGCAGCUGCGGCAAGGCCUGGCGAGAACGCGAAGAAUUCAUCCCACAAAUAAAAUGACAACCUCCUGGAGUGAUCGACUACAGAAUGCAGCAGAUAUGCCUGCUAACAUGGAUAAGCAUGCCUUGAAAAAGUAUCGGCGAGAGGCCUAUCAUCGGGUGUUUGUGAACCGAAGUUUAGCCAUGGAAAAAAUAAAGUGUUUUGGUUUUGAUAUGGAUUAUACCCUUGCUGUGUACAAGUCUCCAGAAUAUGAAUCCCUUGGCUUUGAGCUUACUGUGGAGAGAUUAGUUUCUAUUGGCUAUCCUCAGGAGCUGCUCAGCUUUGCUUACGAUUCUACAUUCCCUACCAGAGGACUUGUCUUUGACACACUGUAUGGAAAUCUUUUGAAAGUUGAUGCCUAUGGAAACCUCUUGGUUUGUGCACAUGGAUUUAACUUCAUAAGAGGACCAGAAACUAGAGAGCAGUAUCCAAACAAAUUUAUCCAACGAGAUGAUACUGAACGAUUUUACAUCUUGAACACACUGUUCAAUCUGCCAGAGACCUACCUGUUGGCCUGCCUCGUAGAUUUUUUUACUAAUUGUCCCAGAUAUACCAGCUGUGAAACAGGAUUUAAAGAUGGGGACCUCUUCAUGUCCUACCGGAGCAUGUUCCAGGAUGUAAGAGAUGCUGUUGACUGGGUUCAUUACAAGGGAUCCCUUAAGGAAAAGACAGUUGAAAAUCUUGAGAAGUAUGUGGUCAAAGAUGGAAAAUUGCCUUUGCUUCUGAGCCGGAUGAAAGAAGUAGGGAAAGUAUUUCUUGCCACCAACAGUGACUAUAAAUAUACAGAUAAAAUCAUGACUUACCUGUUUGAUUUCCCACAUGGCCCCAAGCCUGGGAGCUCCCAUCGACCAUGGCAGUCCUACUUUGACCUGAUUUUGGUGGAUGCAAGGAAACCACUCUUUUUUGGAGAGGGCACAGUACUCCGUCAGGUGGAUACUAAAACUGGCAAACUGAAAAUUGGUACCUAUACAGGCCCCCUACAGCAUGGGAUCGUCUACUCAGGAGGUUCAUCUGAUACAAUCUGUGAUCUGUUGGGAGCCAAAGGCAAAGACAUUUUGUAUAUUGGAGAUCACAUUUUUGGAGAUAUUUUGAAAUCAAAGAAACGGCAAGGGUGGCGAACUUUCUUGGUGAUUCCUGAACUUGCACAGGAGCUCCAUGUCUGGACUGACAAGAGCUCACUUUUUGAAGAACUUCAGAGCUUGGAUAUUUUCUUGGCUGAACUCUAUAAGCACCUUGACAGCAGUAGCAAUGAGCGCCCAGACAUUAGUUCCAUCCAGAGACGAAUUAAGAAAGUAACUCAUGACAUGGACAUGUGCUACGGGAUGAUGGGAAGCCUUUUUCGUAGUGGCUCCCGGCAGACACUCUUUGCCAGUCAAGUAAUGCGCUAUGCUGACCUCUAUGCAGCAUCUUUCAUCAACCUGCUCUACUACCCCUUCAGCUACCUCUUUAGGGCUGCCCAUGUCCUGAUGCCUCAUGAAUCAACAGUGGAGCACACACAUGUAGAUAUCAAUGAGAUGGAAUCCCCCCUUGCCACCCGGAACCGCACGUCAGUGGAUUUCAAAGACACUGACUAUAAUAAGCGGCACCAGCUGACAAGGUCCAUUAGUGAGAUUAAACCCCCCAACCUCUUUCCACUGGCUCCCCAGGAAAUUACACACUGCCAUGAUGAAGAUGAUGAUGAAGAGGAGGAGGAGGAGGAAGAAUAAGGAGGAAAACCAAAACCCUGAACACCCAUGAAACAAGUGCUGGCAGGACUCACAGGGCAAAGGAUGUCCUUGUUUGGGUUCUACUAGGGAGGGUGGGGGGACUCCAUCAAAGGUAUGUCUGGAAAGUUUCUGAAGGCUUUAAAAUACUCUAAUCAUAGAGAUACUUGUUUCAGUUUUGUGUAUCUGAAUUCUUUAUAGAUGGUUUGAAAUUGUAUUGGAAGAAAAAGUCAGGCUGAACUGCAUGUAGAUGGCAGCAUUAUGGCUUGUGGCACUGUUUCCUUGUGUUUCUUCAUCAGUAUGUCAUCUGGUUACACUAAGGGUGGUAAAGGGUUUCAGAGUGGAAUAAGGAGACUGGUGGGAAGAAGUGACACAAAAAUGCUGUGCUAUUAAAAUUGUGCUAUUGUUGCUCCAAAAUCCCACAUUUUCCAGUGCAUUACACAGUAUUGUGUAUCAGUGGAGAAAUACAUCGUUUUCAUUAUCAAGUGUAGUCUUCUGUCAAGGUCAAGUUCCCUUUAUACUUUUGAGUUUCCUCAGUGGCCUCAGCAGGGCUGCUGUUGUGUCAGUGCCUUCAUAGGUAUUUUCUGCUUUAGGGUGAUUUCUGGACUAGCUUGCAGGGAUUUGAUUUUGAGGCCAAAGUCCUCAUCCUUUCUACAUUUUUUAAGUUGGUAGCACAAAUGCUUUUUUGUUAUAUUAAAAACAAUCUUUUUUCCUCAAUUGUGAUAAAUCUAUAAAACAGUUCAGCUAAAAGACAACAAAGGAGCAAGUCCCCAAUAAAGUGGAGAAGCAGCUGUCUCCUUAGAGCAGGAGCCAGCUUCAUCAGUGUGGACUACAUCUGUGGUUCCUGCCACCCAAUUCCACAUUUCUGUCUUCAAGGAUUGAUGUGUUCUGAAAGUUGAACAUUAGAAGACAAGAACCUUACUAUAUAGCAAAGGCAUUAUCAGUGAAAAUAAGUUCACUUUAGAAUCCUGAGAGAAAUUACUUCUUGCUUUGAAAAAGCACGAAGCAUUACUGUAAACAUUAAGGCUUUAUGUGCGCCUUACUGGUACAGGGGAGCUUUUCCAACACUUUAGUUUCAGAUUCUUUAACUUUCAUGUAUUUUCUUCCAUUCUUGUCAGUAGGGGAGGAUAGAUUAGCUGCUCUAGAAUUCAAUAAAGAGUAAUAUUUCUAAUACUGACUUUGACCCCUGUGUAGCUUAACUCUAAUAGCUAUUGGUCUUCAAGAGGUGUUUAGUUUUGGCUUAUGAAAGCUGACCACAUUCUGUUAAGGGAAAUACACAUUUUCAAAAUUGC